AUGUUUCUCCACGGGGUGAAGAAGAACGACGACUCCAGCGAUGAGGGGGAGGAAGAGGUUGGAGAUUUGUUGCAGAGGAGGCGAGAAGAAUGCGAGCGGAAGGCUCGUCGCGGGGAGAUGGACCCCCGGCUGGAGUUCACCUUCCAGCUGCUCAUCGACGGUACAGCUCUGCCGAGGUCCGACAUCAUGGACCACGUGUUCGACGGCAACAUGCUGGAUGAGAUUAAUCAGCUGUUCCUCCCUCACAUGCGCAACAAACUGUUGUGGUUCUACCAAGAGGUUGAAGAGCCUGAACCUCCACCUCCCCCGGAAGCAAUGGACGUAGGCUCAAGCGCAACAUCUUCUUCGCGUAUGAAAAAUCUCGAGGAAUAUAAAGAUGUUGACGAAAUCUCUUACGACGCAGAGAUUUUGACACGUGACAAUUUCAUUCUUUCACAGUUAGUUGAAGUAUUUGAGAGGUACUUGAGGAAAAGAAGUCCAGCUUUGUUGAGUGGAAUGGAAAGAUUCCUAGAGUCCCAGUUGAGUGUCAGAGGUUCGGUGAGGACGGAUAGGUCGGUUUCGGUUUCUUCAGCAAAGAGUCUUCAGUCUCCAGUUAAUACGCUAGUAAGGACAUCUACAACCUCUAGUACCUUGCGGGGAUUGGCUUCUCGCAGCAAUGCCAAGUCCUCAUUGGGAGGCUUCAAGAUAAGCGCCGCGGUCAAGGCAGACCUCGUAGAGAAGGAACUGGAAGACAACAGAAUGACGAUGGAGAAGCUCCAGAGGAAGUUUGAAUCUGCAAAGUUUCUUUUGCAAACAGAGGAAGAAAAUCUGAGAGUUGACAUAGAGUUUUUGGAUGAAGGCAAAAGAGCGCUGGAAGGUUUUGUUGUCCAAAGUACUGAAACAAAAAGUGGUCAAGUUUAUCACGAUAAGUUCUUGAGGUUUUUGGAACAAGAGCUUCAAGAUGGUGAUCGUUAUUUGAGGAAAACUAAACUCAAUUCGAAAUCGUUGUAUACAAAUUACAGACGUGUGUUGGCACGGCAACAUCAACGAAUGGAAUUGAGAGAAUGGCUUCAUCCGAUUGAUAUAGAAAAGUUACUCAUAGAGAAUCAAGAACAACUCGAUGUUUUGGAUGGAAAAAGCAAAAAGCUUGAAGAAUUAAAAAGAACUGCUGGAAGAAAGGGUCAGACAUUGGUGUCUGUUAAAUCAAGGAUGAACGAUACAGUUCUUUCAUUAGUGAAUUUAAAGUACGACAUUAACCAGAAAGGCACUAAGAGCACUGGUCCGAAACAAUAUGUGCAUCCAGGCACUGCUCCGAAAGUUAUAACACCGAAAGUCACUAGUCAGAAAAGAAUGCAAGGGUCAGGCACUGGUCCGAAAGAAUGUGCGUGGUCAGGCACUGCUUCGAAACGUGGUUCCCCCUCGCAGCGAAUGGGCGUAGCUAUACAGGUGUGGAGUGGGAGCAGCCUCCCGUCCCCCCCCUACCUCUUGACAUGCCCCUACUUUUUGGCGCGGCGACGACAGUGUCGACCGUUACCUGAUGAUAGCGACACAACAGUGGAACCUGAUACUGAGGGACCCGAUAGCGAAGCUAAAGAAUCAUUUAAUUCUUCGAUACUAGAGGAGAGAAACGACGAGCAGACGACACAAGGCGUUAUAUUCGGACCUCGGCUAUAUUCGUUAUGGUUCGGAAGCGCUCGGGAUGGCGUGGUGGUGCUGGGUUAUUCCUCCAGAGAAGGUCUCGUCAAUGACCGUGGCAUUCUGACUCCGCCCACCACUGACACACCCCUCCUUCCCCUACAACGGGUCUCCGCCUUCGGUUCUUGCUCCUCCCUCAACCAAUGUUGGAGCCCAGGCGUUACUCCGAAAGGCAGUGUGAAAAGUGUGACUGAUGUGGAAUCAUCUUCAUCUCUGGCUAAGCCUACUGGACUCAGGGCCAUUGCGGCAAUUGUACAGAAACCAUCUGCAACUUCGGCACCACCAAAGAAGAAACUGUUCCUUACUGAUGGGUGGCAACUUCCUCUAACGGGCAUUUGCAUUUACAUGUUCCGACUCAACAGCGCCAAGCAACUUCCAGAAGAAGGAUUUCACAAGGACUUGUUUUGUGGAAUUGUUGAUGCUUCCAAAAUCGGGCUGGUAACGUCGGUACAGCGAGUGAUGCAGUUUGUUUUCAUGGAGGCGUUGGCUCAUCCUUCACCUGAUGCGGAGGAAGAAGAAGGGAAUUGUUUUAUACUAAAAAACCAGCUUCUCCCUGGACUACGCUCUUUCUGUAGUGCCUUGAAAGUUUGUGAGGAAGUGUGUGAUGAGCCCAAUCUGUUUGACGAUGGCCAAGCUUUAGUCAGCCAUGUGAUCGGACAUUCUGAUGCCAAAGAGCUCAUUCGAGAUCCAGAAAAUGUAGAGGCUCUAGAAGAAAGGAUCAAGGUUUGGAUCAAGAAAGUCCAAGAGGUUCUGAUGGAAAGUGAACAGCUGAGGAAAGAAAAUGACUCCAGCGGACCUCAGGAUGAACUGGAGUAUUGGAAGAAGCGAGGUGCUCAGUUCUCUCAGAUAGUAGCUCAACUGCAACACCAUGAGGUUAUGAUGACCAUAAUUUGUCUGGUGGUUGCUCGGUCCAAGAUCAUAAAGCUGUGGAAAGAGACUGACAUGAAAAUAACAUUCUGCUACAAUGAAGCACGGGACAAUGCCAAGUUCAUACAAGCCAUGGAGAAAUGCUGUCACUCACUGUACCUGCAUGAUCCUGUGAGGAUGAAAGACUCCAUUCUCAGCAUGCUGCAGACUGUCCGUCUCAUACAUAGUGUCUCUCAGUUCUACAACACCUCGGAAAGAACCUCCUCGCUUAUGGUCAAGAUCACCAACCAGAUGAUCGAGCAGUGCAAGCAGUACAUUACUUGUAGAGGCAAAGAGACAAUUUGGUCUCAAGACAGGGAGCUGAUGCGGCAGAAGUUACUGCACUGCAUACGUCUCAACAGAGUGUACCGCAACACAUACAUACUGGUGAAGCGGCAGCCGUUCUUGCCAGAUCAGACCAGCAACUUCACCUUCUCAGAGAACUACGUGUUUGGAAAGUUUGACACGUUCUGUGAUCGGCUCAGCAAAAUCAUCUCAAUGUUCGAUCUUGUGGACGACUACAACAGUUUAUUUGAGAGGAGGAUGGAAGGUCUAUUGCUUGGGGAAGCUCUUGAAGAUGCAAUAAAAACAUUUGAGACAGCAAAGGGAGGAGUUACUAGCAAAACGUAUGACUAUCUUGACCAGCGAAAUACUGAGUUUGACGAAGAUUUUGAGAUUUUCCUCCAAAAAACAGAUCAGUUAAAAGAAAGUAUUGGAGCUCUGAUUGAAGAAAACUUUGCCAGUGUCUGGGAAAGUCCACAGGGAAUUCGCUUUCUCGUCCGUUUUGAAAAGGUGAGUGAGAAGAUACCGCUAACCCGCAUGGAUGAUAAGUACGACCGAGUGUUGAAGUAUUGCGAACAAGAACUGGAAAGGAUUUUGAAGUUGUUUAGAAAACAAAGAGAUGACCCUCCUUUGUCCAGAAACUUUCCACCCAUAGCAGGUCGGAUAAAGUGGGCGAGGUCAUUGCACUUCCACCUGGAGGACCUGGUGAAGUCAGCCUCUGCUCAUCCUGUGCUCAAGACAUUGUCUGCCACCACAGAGCUAGUGAGGAGAUACAACCUAGUGGCCAACACGCUUCUCAACUACCAACACGACAUGAAGCAGGCCUGGCUAAACCACAAUGUGAGAGUGGUGGAUGACUGUCUCAACAAGACACUGUUGGUGAUCACAGAAAACGCUGGCAGGUUAAGAGUCAACCUGGACCCUCGUAUAGUGUUGCUGAUCAGAGAGGCUGAUUGCCUCACCAAGAUGGAUCUACCUGUGCCAGUCGUGACUCACACAUUGUUGUGCAAGAAGAACUAUUUCUCGCUGGUCAACGACAGUCUUCAGUUUCUCCUAAAUGAGCUACUGACGACAGUUCGCCGAGUGAAGCUGGAAGUCCGGCCGCUGUUCCUGCCUCAGCUAGUGAGGUUGACCAAUAUGCUCACUCCGGCUCUCACUGGUCUUAACUGGACAGACCCCGGCUGGCGGAACUUUGUACGCAGUACCACUGAAGCUAUACGGAGCUUUGAUGUCUUGGUCACCAGGGUACACGAUGUGUAUACUAAUCGUAUACUACAAGUGCUGUCCAGUAUGCAGACUAUCACACUGCAUGCUUUGCCCUCUGAGGAACCCUGGAGUGUAGAUGAAUUCAUAGAGAACACAGAGGAUGCAUGUAGAAACGCUGCUAUUGAACUGAAUCGCAAGAGCCAGAUGGUGGAGGAAGCAGUAGAAGAAGUGUUGGAAUUAGUUCGUAAAGCUGCUGAGGCCUUCAAAGCUGCUCACGAAAGUGAUGACUUUGAUUUUCUUGUUGAUGAAGAGCCAGAGAGUCCAGGAGGUAACAGCACCCCCAGCAGUCAGCAAGGCCAGGACUGGAGCUCUGUGUGGGAGUGUUUUGAGAACCCUCAGACACUGUUGGCUGGUGGCGGAGGACUCAGUCGAUCCAUGCAAGACCUGGUACGCAACGCUGUCAGUGAGAUGCGACGCUACUACAGCCGCAAGGUCAUCGAUGUGCUCAUCAAGGUCACUCGGUCAUCCUUGGACAUACUGCGCAAGCGGUUCAACCUGUCGUCAAGCAAUCAGCCGGUGUUCCUGUUGAACGCUUUGCUGAUGAUCCCCAACAUUGUGAUUCGCCCAAGUCUAGAAGAUGUGCAAGAGGCGCUGGUCAUUGCGGGGAGGCACAUCACCGGGGUGGCCAAGGGAGUUGGCCAAUGGACGGCAGGCAAGCAGAACAAGAGCGUGUGGCGUAAGCUGGGCGGUGGAGGGCUCGGCCGCAUGCAGAACAAGGCGCUUGCUGACCUUGUGUCUCGCCUGGAUCAGGACCCAAAGAGUUCAGCAGCCGGUAGUGAGGACGCCCGGACCAGACGGCGCCGGUUGUACCGCAUGGCUAGUGAACAGCGGCCGGCGUUCCCCUAUCAGCACAAGAACUUCUACAGCCACGUCAUGGAGAACAAGGAGGUGGUCAAGACACUGUCGCUACUGUCCAGCUGCACUCAGGACAUCAAACCGGAGCUAGCUGCGUUCCAUGAGCGGUGGUUGCCAUACAAGUUCCUGUGGCAGAUUGAGACUGUCAAGAAGGACAUUCACAGUGUGAACCUUACAGAGUCUGAGGCAUCUCUUAGGAGACAUCAAGAGUUGGAGGCAGAGCUGGCCGUAGAACCUGACAUGCAGGUGUUUGGCAACUGUCUCGCCAUAUCUAUAGAGAAGCUCAAGUUUGGGCUGUUGACGGAGGUGAAGGCUUGUACAUAUCGUAUCGGCCAGCUGCUGAAGAAGAAGUACCACCGAGAGAUGGACUAUGUGUACGCAGUGAUGAGUGAGAUGGAACGCAAGCUGGACCGGCAGAUACGAGACUUGGACGACGUCAGGCUGGUGAUGGACACCCUGAAGAAGAUCAGAGAACAGGAGGUUGACAUGGAACUCAGGAUAGAACCCAUCGAGGAAGCCUUCAAUGUCAUUACACGAUAUGAGUUGCCAGUGGACAGAGAAGACUUGGAACAGGUGGACAAUUUGCGAUACUCGUGGCAGCGUCUGCUCGGCAGAGCCAUGGACGUGAACGUGUUGUUGCUAACUAUGCAGCCUCACUUUGAGGAGGACCUGCGCCGCAACCUGGACAGGUUCCGUCAGGACAACAUUGAGUAUUGCCACGAGUACAGGACCAGCGGACCCAUGAUGCCAGGCCUGUCUCCUCGGGAGGCUUCUGACAGACUUAUCCUCUUCCAGAACCGAUUUGAUGGGAUGUGGCGUAAACUUCAGACCUACCAGAGUGGGGAGGAACUGUUUGGUCUGCCGCAGACUGACUAUCCAGAACUGGCGCAGAUUAGGAAGGAACUCAAUCUCUUACAGAAGCUGUACAAACUGUACAAUGACGUCAUAGACAGAGUCAGCGGUUACUACGACAUUCCGUGGGGCGAAGUCAACAUUGAGGAAAUCAACAAUGAGCUAAUGGAGUUCCAGAACCGCUGUCGCAAACUGCCCAAAGGUCUCAAGGAAUGGCCGGCUUUCCAUGCUCUCAAACGUACGAUUGACGACUUCAACGACAUGUGUCCGCUGCUGGAGCUGAUGGCCAACAAAGCCAUGAAACCACGACAUUGGCAACGCAUCAUGGAGGUCACCAAGUAUACCUUUGAACUGGACAGUGAGGGCUUCUGUCUGAAAAACAUCUUGGAAGCACCUCUACUCAAGUGCAAAGAGGAUAUUGAGGACAUCUGUAUAUCAGCCAUGAAGGAGAAGGAUAUUGAAGCUAAGCUACGGCAGGUGACCAAUGAGUGGUCCGUGCAUGAGUUGACGUUCAUGUCAUUCAACAACCGUGGUGAGCUGCUGUUGCGAGGUGACACAACGGCUGAGACCAUCGGUCAACUGGAGGACAGCCUGAUGGUGUUGGGCUCACUGCUGUCCAACAGGUACAAUGCUCCAUUCCGCAAGCAGAUACAGCAGUGGGUGUUUGACCUGGGUAACACCAAUGAGAUCCUGGAGCGUUGGCUGCUUGUGCAGAACAUGUGGGUCUAUUUGGAGGCUGUGUUUGUGGGUGGUGACAUUGCCAAGCAGCUGCCCAAGGAGGCUAAAAGGUUCAGCAAGAUUGACAAGUCGUGGCAGAAGAUCAUGCAGAGGGCUCACGAGACACCGGGUGUGGUGUCUUGUUGUGUGGGAGACGACAUGUUGAAACAGCUGUUGCCUCACCUGCAGGAACAACUGGAGUUGUGUCAGAAGUCUCUCAGUGGGUACCUGGAGAAGAAGCGAAUGAUGUUCCCUCGGUUCUUCUUUGUGUCAGACCCAGCCUUGUUGGAGAUCCUGGGUCAGGCAUCUGACUCCCACACUAUACAGAACCAUCUGCUGUCCAUCUUUGACAACACUCGGUCUGUCAAGUUCCAUGACAUUGAGUACAACAAGAUGACUGCGAUCAUCUCCUCAGAGGGCGAAUCUAUUCAGCUGGAGAGGGCUGUAAGAGCGGAAGGCAGUGUGGAGACUUGGCUGACUUGUCUUCUACAGACGUCCCAACAGUCUUUGCAUUCCAUCAUCCGCAACGCCUACGCACAGAUCAACGACCCUAACUUCAACUUGUUAGGCUUCCUUGACAAGAUGCCUGCACAGGUUGGUAUCCUGGGUAUCCAGAUGAUCUGGACAAGAGAUGCAGAGUCUGCUCUGAUGCAGGCCAGGUCAGACAAGAAGCUGAUGGCUGAGACCAACAACAAGUUCCUUGAGCUGCUCAACACGCUGAUUGAUCAGACGACACGAGACCUCACCAAGCUGGAGCGUAUCAAGUUUGAGACACUCAUCACGAUCCAUGUGCAUCAGCGCGACAUCUUUGACAUUCUGUGCCGCUUGAACAUAAGAUCUGCCAAUGACUUUGAGUGGCUGAAGCAGUGCAGGUUCUACUUCAAGGAAGACAUGGACAAGACCUGGGUAGCUGUAACGGACGUUACAUUCACUUAUCAGAAUGAGUAUCUUGGCUGUACUGAGCGGCUGGUCAUCACUCCGCUGACUGAUAGGUGUUACAUCACUCUAGCCCAGGCCCUGGCUAUGAGCAUGGGAGGAUCUCCCUGUGGUCCAGCAGGUACUGGCAAAACAGAGACUGUCAAAGACAUGGGCAAGACACUGGCCAAGUACGUGGUUGUCUUCAACUGUUCUGACCAGAUGGACUACAGAGGGCUGGGCAGGAUAUACAAAGGUCUAGCUCAGUCAGGCUCCUGGGGAUGUUUUGAUGAGUUCAACCGCAUAGAGCUGCCAGUGUUGUCAGUAGCUGCCCAGCAGGUUGCAGUGGUCCUGGCUGCCAAGAAAGAGAAGAAGAAGUCAUUUGUUUUCACAGACGGUGACACCAUCGACAUGUGUUCUGAGUUUGGAAUAUUCAUCACUAUGAACCCAGGAUACGCUGGACGUAAGGAGCUACCAGAGAAUCUGAAGAUCCAGUUCCGCACAGUGGCCAUGAUGGUGCCUGACAGACAGAUCAUCAUCAGAGUCAAGUUGGCUAGUUGUGGAUUCCUCGAGAACAUCACUCUUGCUCGCAAGUUCUACACCCUGUAUAAGCUGUGUGAGGAGCAGCUCACCAAACAGGUGCAUUACGACUUUGGGCUGCGUAACAUCCUCUCAGUUCUCCGCUCAUUGGGAGCUUCAAAGAGAGUCAACUCUAAAGAUUCAGAGAGUACCAUAGUCAUGAGAGUUUUAAGGGACAUGAACCUGUCAAAACUUAUAGAUGAGGACGAGCCACUGUUUAUCUCCCUGGUGGCUGACUUGUUCCCCAACCAAGUGUUAGAGAAGACCUCCUACCCUACCCUGGAGGCUGCCAUAGCUGAGCAGGUAGAGGAGGCAGGACUGGUCUACCAUCCUCCAUGGGUCCUCAAACUCAUCCAGUUGUACGAGACGCAGAGAGUGAGGCACGGCAUCAUGACUCUAGGGCCGGCUGGCGCAGGCAAGACUGCUUGUAUACACACUCUGAUGAAGUCACUCACCGCCAUUGGAGAGCCACAUAGAGAGAUGCGCAUGAACCCCAAAGCAAUUACGGCUGCACAGAUGUUUGGGCGUUUGGAUGUCGCCACCAAUGACUGGACUGAUGGAAUAUUUUCUGCACUUUGGAGGAAGUCUCUGAAAGUUAAAAAAGGAGAUCAUGUGUGGUUGGUCUUGGAUGGCCCGGUCGACUCAAUCUGGAUAGAGAACUUGAACUCCGUGUUGGAUGACAAUAAAACUCUGACUCUGGCCAAUGGAGACAGGCUCAACAUGUCUCCAACCUGCAAAAUAAUAUUUGAGCCUCACAACAUAGAUAACGCGUCUCCCGCCACAGUCUCUAGAAACGGCAUGGUCUACAUGAGCUCCUCGGGUCUAGACUGGAGGCCUGUGCUGGAGGCUUGGCUCAAAACUCGUAGCCAGAAGGAGGUCAGUGUGUUCCAGCAGCUGUUUGAGGACUCGUUUGCUGCCAUGUACACCUGGGGAACUCAGAACCUAUCUCUCACCAUGAAGGUGCUGCAGUGCAACAUUGUGCAGCAGAUGCUGUUUCUGCUGCAAGGCUUGGUGCCCAUCCACACUCCUGAAGAAGAAGAAGUAGAGGGGGAAAAGCCAGUGGAGAAGGAAACAAAAGAUGACACCGAAGUUAAGGAGGUUGUGAUACCAGACGUCAAAUUGAGUUCUGAACAUCUUCAUCGUCUGUAUGUGUUUGCUCUGAUCUGGGGAAUGGGAGCGUUUCUGGACCUCUCCGACAGACUCAAGUUUGACUCUUUUGUGAAGGAGAAACUAACAAUGCUCGAUCUACCCAAGUCAACCUGGAAUGCCAACAGCACCAUCUUUGACUUUGUAGUAAGCAAAGAAGGCAAAUGGGAGUUGUGGAACACUAUGGUGACCAACUACGCCUAUCCUGAGACCACCACACCUGACUACAGCAGUAUCUUGGUACCUAUAGUGGACAACGUGCGUAUAGACUACCUCAUCCACACCAUCGCCAAGCAGGAGAAGGCAGUACUGCUGAUCGGAGAGCAAGGCAGUGCCAAGACUGUGAUGAUGAAGGCUUACAUGAAAAAAGCGAGUCCUGAAAGACAUCUGAGCAGGUCUUUCAACUUCUCCUCUGCCACCAGUCCUUACCAGUUUCAGAAAACCAUCGAGAGCUAUGUAGAGAAGAGGAUGGGCAGUACGUUCGGUCCACCAGGAGGUCGUAAGAUGACUGUGUUCAUUGACGACAUCAACCUGCCUGAGAUCAACGAGUGGGGAGACCAGGUGACCAACGAGAUUGUGCGGCAGACGAUGGACAUGCACGGCUUCUACAGCCUGGAGAAGCCUGGAGAGUUCACCACCAUAGUGGACAUGCAGUUUGUGGCGGCUAUGGGUCAACCAGGUGGGGGUCGUAAUGACAUUCCGUCAAGGCUGAAGCGUCAGUUUUGCGUGUUCAACUGCACUCUGCCCAGUGACGCCAACAUUGACAAGAUAUUCCGAGUAGUUGGAGAAGGCCAUUACAAUGCCAAGAGAGGGUUCACCAUCGAAGUACGGAACCUGGUCAAGAAACUCAUCCCUCUGACUCGAGAGCUGUGGCAAUGUACUAGAUUAAGACUGUUGCCGACUCCAGCCAAGUUCCAUUACGUGUUCAGUCUGAGAGAUCUCUCCCGCAUCUGGCAAGGCAUGGUCGGGACACUCAGUACCGUCAUAGACUCUGAGAGUGUACUGAUGGUGCUGUGGAAACACGAGUGUUCCAGAGUCUUCUCUGACAGAUUGACUUCAAUCCAAGACAAAGAGUGGUUUGACAACUCGCUCCUGCAGAUGGUGGAAGAAAAACUUGGACCUAACUAUAAAACUAUGGCUGAGCCCAACCCUGCCUUUGUUGAUUUCAUGAGGGACGCCCCAGAACCCACAGGAGAGGAAGGCGAGGACGCAGACAUGGAGUUGCCCAAAGUGUACGAGCCUGUGACUAACUUCAACGAGCUGCGAGAGCGGCUAGACAUGUUCCUGGCACAGUUCAAUGAGAUGGUCCGUGGCGCUGGGAUGGAUCUGGUGUUCUUCCCUGACGCCAUGCUGCAUCUUGUCAAGAUAUCCAGAGUGAUCAGACAUCCUAGAGGCAACGUGAUGCUGGUUGGUGUUGGUGGAUCUGGCAAACAGAGCUUGACCAAGUUGGCUUCCUUCAUAGCUGGCUACAAGACCUUCCAGAUAGCUCUGACAAGGUCUUACAAUGUUGCGAACUUCCUUGAAGACCUGAAGCUGCUCUACCGUACAUGCGGCGUGCAAGGCAAGGGAACCACAUUCAUCUUUACAGAUCUCGACAUAAAGGAAGAAGGCUUUCUGGAAUACCUCAACAAUAUUUUAUCUUCAGGUGUGAUAUCCAACCUGUUCACUCGUGAUGAACAGGCGGAGAUUAUCCAAGAGUUGACUCCGAUCAUGAAGAGAGAAAACCCGAAGCGCACACUCACCCAUGAGAAUGUCAUGGAACACUUUCUGGUUCGGACGUGUCAGAACCUGCAUGUAGUGUUCUGCUUCUCUCCGGUGGGUGAGAAGUUCCGUAACCGUGCGCUAAGGUUCCCUGCCCUGGUGUCUGGCUGUACGAUUGACUGGUAUCAACCGUGGCCCAAAGACGCCCUUGUGCUUGUAGCCAAACACUUCAUCACCGACUUUGAGAUUGAGUGCACAGCUGAGGUGAAGAACGAACUGGUCAACGCUCUAGGAUCAAUUCAGGACGUCGUUUCAAAAACUUCCCUCGAGUAUUUCCAGCGAUUCCGACGGGCUACCCAUGUUACCCCUAAGUCGUACCUGAACUUCAUUGGAGGCUACAAGACCAUCUACCAGAACAAGCAGAAGGAGCUCGGGGACGGAGCUCUGAGGAUGGACACUGGACUGGCCAAACUGGACGAGGCCUCUCAGUCCGUGGAAAUACUGAAGAAGGAUCUGGCAGUCAUGGAGAGGGAACUGGCCCAGGCUUCUCAGAAGGCAGAGACAGUCCUGAUGGAGGUAACAGAGAGAGCUAUGCAGGCAGAGAUGGUGAAGAACCAGGUGAUGAAGGUGAAGGAGAAGGCUGAGGCGUUGGUCGAGUACAUUGCGAAGGAGAAGGCACUAGCAGAGCAGAAACUGGAGGCGGCCAAACCUGCGCUAGAGGAGGCAGAGGCUGCACUUAAUACCAUUAAACCUGCGCAUAUUGCUACUGUGCGGAAGCUAGGCCGGCCUCCACACUUGAUCAUGCGUAUCAUGGACUGUGUGCUGAUCUUAUUCCAACGUAAGCUGCAUUCAGUCAUCGGAGACACUGCGGCUCCUUGCCCUAAACCUUCCUGGGCAGAGUCUCUUAAGAUGAUGGCCAGCACGACGUUCCUGCUGCAGCUACAGAAUUACCCCAAGGACAUCAUCAACAAUGAGAUGGUGGAGUUGCUUAAUCCGUACUUUGAGAUGGAAGACUACAACAUGGACACUGCCAAGAGAGUGUGUGGUGACGUGGCCGGUCUGCUCUCAUGGACCAAGGCUAUGGCGUUCUUCCACAGCGUCAACAAGGAGGUGUUGCCACUCAAGGCUAACCUCACUCUGCAAGAAGCUCGUCUGAAGCUGGCAGAUGACGAUUUAAAUGCGGCUCAGAGUGAGUUGAUGGCAAGGGAACAAGCACUGAACCAGGUGAAGGCGCAGUACGAUGCAGCCGUGAGUGAAAAACAGCGACUCACUGAUGCUGCGAACUCCUGCAUCAGAAAAAUGACAGCGGCCACAGCUCUUAUAAACGGACUGGGGGGCGAGAAGAUUCGUUGGACGGAACAGAGCAAAGAGUUCAAGAAGCAGCUUGGCAGACUGGUUGGUGAUGUAGUUCUCGCCACUGGGUUCCUGUCAUACUGUGGACCAUACAAUCAGGAGUUCCGGGCAAACUUGGUAACCUGUUGGAUGAGUAUCCUCAAGACCAGAGAGAUCCCGUUCACCCAGAACCUCAACAUCACCAACAUGUUGGUGGAGAGCUCUAUGGUGUCAGAAUGGACACUUCAAGGACUCCCUAAUGACGAGUUGUCGGUGCAGAAUGCACUGAUUGUCACAAAAUCCAGCUCCUACCCUCUGCUGGUCGAUCCUCAGAACCAGGGAAAGAUGUGGAUCAAGAACAAGGAAGCUACCAACGAGCUACAAAUCACCUCCCUGAACCACAAGUACUUCCGUACCCAUCUAGAGGACAGUCUGUCCCUGGGGCGGCCACUGCUGAUAGAAGAUGUGGGUGAAGAGCUGGACCCUGUCAUAGACAACGUGCUGGAGAAGAACUUCAUCAAGUCUGGCUCUAUUGAAAAAGUUGUAGUCGGUGACAAAGAGAAUGACGUGAUGCCUGGCUUCAUGUUGUACAUCACCACAAAACUACCAAACCCUGCGUACUCACCGGAGAUCAGCGCCAAGACUUCCAUCAUAGACUUUACUGUCACCAUGCAGGGGUUGGAGGACCAGCUGCUAGGUCGGGUGAUUCUGAUGGAGAAGUCAGAUCUGGAAGCAGAGAGGGUAGCUCUGUUUGAAUCUGUGAUGCAAAACCAGAGAAGUAUGAAGGAGUUGGAGAGCAACCUACUUCAUCGCCUCACAUCCACCAAGGGAGCGUUGGUGGAUGAUGAAGCCCUCAUCCAAGUACUGCAGGAGACAAAGACCACAGCGGAGGAGGUGAACGCCAAGCUGCACGUGUCAGAACACACUGAGCGCAAGAUCAUGGUGGCGCGGGAGGAGUUCAGAGCUGUUGCGGCACGAGGCUCCAUCCUGUACUUCCUCAUAGUGGAGAUGAGCAACGUCAACGUCAUGUACCAGAACUCCCUGCGCCAGUUCCUCACUAUCUUCGACAACUCCAUCACCAAGUCCACAAAGAGUCCAGUGACAGAGGAACGGAUAGAGAACAUUCUACGCUACCUGACUUGUGAAGUUUGGAAGUUCACUCUACGCAGCUUGUACGAGCGACACAAGCCACUGUUUACCCUCAUGCUGGGGAUGAAGAUAGACUGUCACAAGGGGCUGAUAACACACGAGGAGUUCAUGGCAUUCAUCAAAGGUGGAGCCUCCCUUGAUCUCAAUGGUGUUACUCCAAAACCUUUCCGCUGGAUUCUGGACAUAACAUGGUUGAACUUGGUGGAGAUCAACAAGCUACAGACAUUCUCAGCUAUAUUGACCAAGAUAAAACAAAAUGAACGAGACUGGAGAAACUGGUAUGAGAAAGAGAAGCCGGAAGAGGAAGAGCUUCCCUGUGGAUACCAGAAGUCCCUGGAUGUGUUUCGGAAACUCCUGUUGAUCCGGUCUUGGAGUCCGGACCGUACACUCUCUCAGGCCAGGAAAUAUAUCAUUGAGUCGCUGGGGCCAGAGUAUGGGGAGGCUUGUAUCCUAGACCUGGAGGUGACAUGGCAGGAGUCAGAACCUCGCACUCCUCUCAUCUGUAUCCUCAGCAUCGGGUCUGACCCGUCACCUCAGAUCACGGCGCUCGCAAAGUCCAAGGAAAUCUCGCUGAGAGCAGUGUCCAUGGGACAAGGUCAGGAGGUGCAUGCCAGAAGACUUAUAUCCGAUGCAAUGGCCGAGGGAGGCUGGGUGCUCCUGCAGAACAUCCACUUGUCUCUACCGUUCUGCAAUGAAGCCAUGGACGCACUUGUAGAUACGGAGACUAUUGAUGAGUCAUUCCGUCUGUGGAUGACUACCGAGGUUCAUCCUCAGUUCCCUAUCGGACUGCUGCAGAGUGCUAUCAAGUUCACCAACGAGCCGCCUCAGGGAAUACGAGCCAGCAUGAAGCGGACGUAUCAGAAUAUCACGCAAGACACGCUGGACUACUCUACCCAGCCGCAGUGGCCUCCACUGUUGUACGCCGUAGCGUUUCUCCACACCGUGGUACAGGAGAGACGCAAGUUUGGUCCUCUCGGCUGGAACAUUCCCUACGAGUUCAACCAGGCUGACUUUGCUGCUAGCGUUCAGUUCAUACAAAACCACCUCGAUGACAUGGACCCCAAAAAGGGUAUUUCGUGGCCCACUGUCUGCUAUAUGCUGGGAGAGGUUCAGUAUGGUGGAAGAGUCACUGACGACUUUGACAAGCGACUUCUUACUACAUUCACCCAGGUGUGGUUUUGUGAUGUGCUGUUGAGACCUGGAUUUGAAUUCUAUCGAGGGUACAAAGUCCCCAUCACUCGCAGCUUGCAGGGCUACAUAGACUAUGUAAACAGCUUGCCAGCUACUGACACCCCUGAAGUGUUUGGGCUACAUGCUAAUGCAGACAUUACCUACCAGAUCAACACAGCCAAGGGUAUCCUGGACACUAUCCUGAGUGUGCAGCCAAAGGAGGGAGGCUCACAGGGGGGAGAGACGAGGGAGACCAUCGUGUACAGACUGGCCGAGGAUAUGCUGCAGAAGCUGCCUAAACAGUACAACAGCUUUGAGGUGAAGGAGGCAUUGCACCGUAUGGGGGCUCUGCUGCCCAUGAACAUCUUCUUACGUCAGGAGAUAGACAGGAUCCAGCGAGUCAUCAAAGAGGUGCAGUCCACGCUGACAGAUCUGAAGCUGGCUAUAGACGGGACAAUAGUGAUGAGUCAAGGCUUGAGGGAUUCUCUGGAUGCAAUGUAUGACGCUCGCAUCCCUGAACGAUGGCAAAAGGUGUCCUGGGAGUCUGCCACGCUGGGUUUCUGGUACACAGAGCUGCUAGAGAGAGAUGCUCAGUUUCGCCGCUGGGUGCAGCAUGGGAGACCCAAUGUAUUCUGGAUGACUGGUUUCUUCAACCCUCAGGGCUUCUUGACUGCUAUGAGACAGGAGGUGACAAGAGCUCACAAGGGAUGGGCGUUGGACUCUGUGGUUCUUCAGAACCUCAUCACCCGUCACACCAAGGAGGAGCUCAACGACUCUCCACCAGAAGGGGUGUACGUUCACGGCCUGUUCCUGGAAGGAGCGUCUCUGGACCACCGCUCUGGCAAACUAAUGGAGAGCAAGCCCAAGGUUUUGUAUGAGCAGAUGCCUGUCAUUUACAUCUACGCCAUCAACACAACCGCAGGGAAAGAUCCGAAGUUGUAUGAAUGUCCUAUCUAUCGUAAACCGCAGAGGACUGACCAGAAGUAUGUUGGCAGCAUUGACUUUGAAACGGAGAACAAUCCUCGACACUGGACACUGCGGGGAGUUGCGCUGUUGUGUGACAUCAAGUAGAUCUUUAGAUAUAUCGUGAGUCUAGUUAUAGUCCAGACUGUGAUAGUACAGUUACCAGUACCAUAUAGGUUACAGUAUUACGUAAACAAUUCACAAAAUUCAGUAUCUAGUCAGAAAUAGAAAUACAUGAUAUAUUUUUAAAAGAAUUAUGUAGAAUAACUUCAAAUAACUUUUAGAUCUACUUAGGGCUAAGAUUUUAAGAGUAUUUUAGUUGUAGUUUG